CGUGCUCUUUUUUUCGUUGAGCUGCAGACAUAAGAGGUUCGGGAAUUGAAAGCGUCUUGUUUUUAGCAGGGUGUCAUUCAAAUCUCCAGUUCCUCCAGUGACUGAAGAAGAGCCCAGCUUUGGGAUUGGGUAGCGAGGAUAUAGCGUAACAUCCCCCUCCUCCUCUGUGGAGAAUUGCGUUAAAACGAAAAAGGAAAGGCCCUGCGCUUUAACAAAAUAACAGAACACAGUAGUUUUUUGUUUUUGUUUAGUUUUUCUUACUUCUAUAUUAAACGAGGACGCGUUGCUGGCCGGUGUAUGUGUUUAGAAUGGGACACGCUGAAGGUCCAGUCAAAGAAAAAGACAGUUAAGGAUGCCGGAGCCCAACAAUGGAUUUCUCCUUCUCUUUCAUGCAAGGGAUCAUGGGAAAUACAAUUCAGCAACCCCCUCAGCUUAUUGACUCAGCCAACAUCAGACAGGACGGCACCUGUGACACCGGCAGUGACCCGGGCGAGGAUGGCGGGCCCUCCUAUGAUGCGGCCCUGGAUGCAGACUUCUCCUAUCCGUCCUCCGCGUCAGAGGACCUGCCGCACGUCUCCAACGGCUACCCUCCUGGUCUGGGCAUGUACGAGCCACAGUCCAAGUUCUCCAUGUACUCGCAGUUCCCGAACGGCUCGGCUAACGGCUACGGGGCCAUACGCAGCUAUGCGGAGCACGGCCUUCUCAUGCCCGGGGAGGGGACAGUUCUAAGGGGCCCCGGCCUCCAGGAAAGACCACGCUCUCCUGUUUCGCCACCGCUGCCCACGCAUCACCCGCACCUGCACCCUCACCUCCCCCAUCAUCAUCAUCAUCACCACCAUCACCACGCACACCACUUCCUGUCGAACACGCCCCACAUCCAAAGCCACCCGCAGAGCCCCCCACCAUUGCCCUUGCCCACUCAACACCACUUGCCCCACACGCCUCACAUCAUGACCCACACACUGCCUCCUCCUCCACCCUUGCACCUGCCCUCGUCCAGCCCACCCCCCUCUCUUGUGGACAGUACCCCCUCCUCUCAGCCUGUCCAACCCCCCACACCCAGCGUCCCGGGAGGGGUGCUGAAGAAAACCAGCUCCCCGGAGAUCAAACUGAAGAUCAUUAAGACGUAUCAGAAUGGCAAAGAGCUGUUUGAAUCUGCACUGUGUGGAGACUUACUGCAAGAACUGCAGGAAUCUCAGAAGAACGAGGCGGCUCAGGUGCAGCGCCGACAUGAGAGGAAGAAAGAGAAGAGGAAAAAGACGACCAAGCUCCAGCUACACAUCCAGGAGGCGAGUCUGGAGCACGUCCAAGGCCUUGCAGCUACCGCAAGCAAGACAGAAGACGCCUACGACCUGCCGCAGCCAAGAGAAGUACCACUGACCCAGACAGAAAAGCCUCAGAAGACCGUUAUCAAAACUGAGCCAAAGACACCAAAGGUUCCUAAAGUCAAUCAACCCUCUGUGAUCCAAGAGACUGGAUUCUGUAAGGAAUUUGUGAUUGGAGAUCUAGUGUGGUCCAAGGUGGGUACUUACCCAUGGUGGCCUUGCAUGGUGUCAUCUGACCCACAGAUGAAGGUCCACACACGUAUCAACACCAGAGGUCACAGGGAAUACCACGUCCAGUUUUUUGGAAGCGUAGCAGAGCGAGCGUGGAUCCACGAGAAGAGGAUCGUCAUGUACCAGGGCAAGGACCAGUUUGAUGAACUCCAAACGGAAACGCUACGAAAGACCACAAAUCCUGUGGAAAAACACAAACUCCUGAAGCCAAUCCCUCAGAGGGAGCGUGCUCAGUGGGAAGUAGGUGUGGGCCACGCAGAGGACGCUUUCCUAAUGACGCGCCAGGAGCGUAUCGACAACUACACUUUCAUUUAUGUCGACCCGACCCCCAACGAGGCACAGUCUGCGAAGAAAGCCAACGGGCGGGCUGAGAAGCGGAGCCGGCGCUCCAGCGGCUCAACCAACAAGAAGGACGAUGGCGGAGUGAAGUCGCCAGACAGAGAGCAGCCACCGAGAAGACAGCUGCCACGUCGGCAGUGUAGUAUUUCCAACACGGACGACUCCCAGGCCUCAAAUGAGAAGAUGAACCUGAGGGGGGACCAGAACAAGGCAGACUCUCCUAAACAGGAUUCGGAUGCAGGAGCGCAGCAAGAUUCUCCACCGCCGGUCAGGGCGUGGAAAACUGCAGCAGCAAGGAAGCUGCUGCCUCUCUCCAUCACCAUGAAGAGACUAAAUGUGGAGAUCACAAAGUGCGACUGGCCUCUCCUGCAGAAGAAAAUCGCUCCUUCACCGAAGAAAGAAGUGGAAAAGGAGGAUGAUGACGAUGACGACGAUGAGGAGCGAGUGGAGGGAGAAGGCAGGCAGCCGGAUUUGGGCUACUGCUCACCAGAGCAGGACAGAGCUAAACCCGAACCCAGCCCAGAGGAGGAGGAAGACGUAGAUGACAUGGAAGAAGAGGGGGAGGAGAGGAGAGAAUCCCCCGCAAGUCGGAGGAGCGAGGAGGGAGGGACGCAGCCAACAUCUUCUCCUGGCUCUCAUCACAGCAGUCCACAUGGUUCUCAGGAGAGGAAGCUGCAGCGACGGUCAAUCAGGAGCAGGUCAGAGUCUGAGAGAGGGAAUGACCCCGUACCUAAGAAGAAAACCAAGAAGGAACAGGCGGAGAUGGCUCCAGAGGCCACACCGAGGGCAGGUUCCCAGAAAGGAGCCAGUGAGAUAUCUGAUGCAUGUAAACCUCUGAAGAAGCGAAGCAGAGCUUCCACAGAUGUAGAGAUGGCAUCAUCCCAGUAUCGAGACACAUCGGAUUCAGACUCGAGAGGCCUCAACGAUCCACAGGGUUUAUUCGGGAAAAGUCUUGAUAGUCCAGCAGCUGCAGACGCAGAUGCCUCAGACACUCAGUCUGUGGACUCUGGCUUGUCUCGUCAAGACAGCAGCACCAGCAAGAGGGACACCGUCUGCCAGAUUUGCGAGGUGUACGGUGAGAAUUUGGUGCUGUGUGAAGGUGACUGUAACAGGCAGUUCCAUUUGGAGUGUCUCGGCCUAACAUCCAUACCUGAAGGACGGUUCACCUGCCUGGAAUGUAGAAACGGCAAUCACCAGUGUUUCAGCUGUAAGAAAGCAGGCCAGGAGGUGACUCGCUGCUCCGUGAGCGGAUGUGGCUGUCAUUACCAUGAGGAUUGUGUCCGUAAACUGCCAGGCACCACCAGCAGCUCAGGGGGUGGCUUCAGUUGCCCCCAGCACAGCUGUGCCACCUGCUGUCUGGAGCGAGACCUGCAGCGAGCCAGCAAAGGUCGCCUGAUGCGUUGCAUCCGCUGUCCGCUGGCGUACCACACGGGCGACAGCUGCGUGGCGGCGGGCAGUGUCAUUCUCACACAUCACAUCAUGAUCUGCAGCAGCCACGGCAGCACCAGGAAGAACGGCCUCCUCACCUCCCCCAUCAAUGUGGGCUGGUGCUUCCUGUGUGCCCGAGGGCUGUUAGUGCAAGACCUUACUGACACCAUAUUAAGUUCAUAUGCCUAUAAGUCCCACUACCUUCUGACUGAGUCAAAUCGUGCUGAGUUGAAAUUACCUAUGAUUCCCUCUCCUUCGUCAGCUACCAAAAAGAAUGUUGGGAAAGGAGGCAAGUUGCUGUGCUGCGACUCAUGCCCUGCUUCCUUCCACCCGGAGUGUCUGGAGAUGGAGAUGCCGGAGGGGCCAUGGUCCUGCAGUGACUGUAGGGACGGAAAGAAGCCUCACUACAAACAAAUAGUCUGGGUCAAACUAGGCAACUACAGGUGGUGGCCAGCCGAGAUCUGCAACCCUCGUUUGGUGCCCUCGAACAUCCAGAGUCUUCGCCACGACAUCGGUGACUUCCCUGUCUUUUUCUUCGGCUCGCAUGACUACUACUGGAUCAACCAGGGCCGUGUCUUCCCUUAUGUCGAGAACGACAAAAACUUUGUGACGGGUCAGAUUAACAUCAACAAGACUUUCAAGAAAGCUCUGGAAGAAGCAGCCCGGAGAUUUCAGGAACUCAAGGCUCAGAGGGAGAGCAGGGAAGCUCUUGAGCAGGAGCGAAACUCUCGCAAACCGCCACCCUAUAAAUGUAUAAAGUCCAACAAACCCGUGGGGAAAGUGCAUAUGCAUGUUGCAGACUUGUCCGAAAUCCCACGCUGCAACUGUCGGCCGACAGACGAGCAUCCGUGUAGCUUGGACUCUCAGUGUCUCAACCGCAUGCUGCAGUAUGAAUGUCACCCUCAGGUCUGUCCUGCGGGAGACAAUUGUGAGAACCAGUGUUUUUCCAAACGUCUGUACACUGAGACAGAAGUGAUAAAGACAGAUGGUCGUGGAUGGGGCCUCAGGACCAAUCAAGCUUUGAGGAAGGGUGACUUUGUGACUGAAUAUGUUGGAGAAGUUAUUGACUCAGAGGAGUGCCAGCAGCGAAUCAAACGUGCCCAUGAAAACCACGUAACAAACUUCUACAUGCUAACCCUUACCAAGGAUCGUGUGAUAGAUGCUGGUCCCAAAGGGAAUUCUGCUCGGUUCAUGAACCACAGCUGCAGCCCAAACUGUGAAACCCAAAAGUGGACGGUUAACGGAGAUGUCCACAUCGGACUCUUUGCUCUCUGUGACAUUGAGGCUGGCACAGAGCUCACGUUCAACUACAACCUGCAUUGCGUGGGCAACAGAAAAGCAUCUUGCCACUGCAAAUCAGAUAACUGCUCAGGUUUCCUCGGGGUGCAGCCAACUAGUGCUGUGGUGAUGGAGAAAGAGGAGAAGGCAAGGAACGCCAAACUGAAGCAGAAGAAGCGGAAGCUGCGGCUGGAGGGCAAACACAUGCACGAGUACUUCUGUUUUUGCUGUGGAGAGGGUGGAGAGCUGGUGAUGUGCGACAGGAAGGACUGUCCCAAAGCGUACCACCUGCUGUGUCUCAACCUCACCAAGCCGCCAUACGGGCGUUGGGAGUGUCCGUGGCACAACUGCAGUAUCUGUGGUGGUCAGGCCUCGUCACUCUGUGACUUCUGUCCUCGCUCCUUCUGCCAAGAUCAUGAGGCAGGGGCACUCACCGCCUCCUCAUUGGAGGGCCGCCCCUGUUGUUCCAGCCACAACCCUCUCAGUCCCCUGAGCUCCAACCCCGGCUCCACCAAGCAGCCGCCGCUGCUGCCACUCCCGCCUUCCUCUCUGAGCCCCGUCACAGUCAAAGAGGAACCACAGAGAGACGAUGUGGCGCCGUCGUUACCUCAUUCCCUGUAAAGUGCACUCCUGGCACUCCACCCUGCCACCUGGGCUGCUGUACACCUGUGCUCACUAAAGGGAAUUUUUCACUUUUUUUGUGUGUCGGACCUUCAGAGCCAGGACGACAAACUCCUGGAUGUUGAUUGUGGCGACCGCAGUGCGAUUAGAGCACCACCAGAUGAGAACGUGCACCCCCUCGCCAUAAAACAAAUCCAGCCGCUCCAAAAUCCUGGAUCAACACCUCAUUUUGUUCCGUCUUUGGAUUAUAAGUAUUGUCAGUGGCUGGCACUUUGAAGGAAGUGAGAUGCCCGGAGGGGAGGGGACGCCACAUCGCUGCUCCUCUUGUUUACCUGCUGUACACUGUGUGGCUAGUGUCUUUUACACACACAAACACAGACACACACUUCCACUGCCACUCCUCAUGUGACCUAUCAUCUAGCUUGGUCUUUGCAGAAAAGGAGGGGCAACAUUUUUGUGCAAUUUUAAUUUUUAGGACCACACUACAUUCCAACAUUCCUUUGAUCAUGUUUUUUGAUAUACUUAUGAGUAUAGAUGAAUAUAAUUAUAUACGUAUCUAUGUUUGUUAAUGUUUACAUGCAAGAUUCUUCCUCACGUCAUCUCGGUGAGUGGUGUAUUUCUUUGUUUAGGUGUUGCGCAGACCUCCUUGUGAAAAUUGUCCUAUUAAGGUGAAAUACUGUAUAAUGGUAUAUAGCGUACUGGUAUGACAUUACACAAGUACUUGUGACGUUUCAUUUUUCCCUCAUUCACAUGUACAUAAUUGGUAUCAUAUUGUAAAGUACUUACCAACAGGCAGGGAGUUAUGUCACCUGCCCUCUACAGUUGUUUUUUUUUUUGCCCUCUACAGUUGUUUUUUUUUUUUUUUAACAUGACAGACAGGGGGGUAAAGGUCUGUUCUACAUUUUCUCUGAGCCGUUGUGCGUCGUCAUGUAGAGGGAAGUUAAUCAGCCUUAAGGGUCCCAUUGUGGCUGGAGGAACUACUGCCCAGAUUCAGUAAUGUUUGUUGUACUGUGACCUUUUUUUUUUUUAAUUCUUUUUUUUUUAUUUUUGCCAAAACUCUCUGAAAAGCACUUU